UGAAAAGUGAAGGUUCCAAGAUCGCUGCUUAAGGUACCUUUAGCUAUCUAUCUUUUUCUGCGCUUCAAUAUUUCCUUGUACAAGCUCACUUUCUUACACAUCAGAUGAGCAACCUUAAGUUGGGGGUUGAUGUGAUCAGUGCCCAUAAUCUUUUGCCUAAAGAUGGGCAAGGUUCAUCCAGUUCCUUCGUCGAGCUCUACUUCGACGGUCAGAAAUUCCGUACCACCAUCAAGGAAAAGGAUCUCAGUCCUGUUUGGAACGAGAGCUUUUAUUUCAACAUCAGGGAUCCUUCCAUCCUACAUUAUUUGACUCUUGAAGCCUAUGUCUACAAUAAUAUCAGAGGUACUAACACCAGAGCGUUUCUCGGCAAGGUUUGUCUAACCGGUACUUCAUUUGUUCCUUACUCUGAUGCUGUUGUCUUGCAUUACCCUUUGGAAAAGCGUGGCAUAUUUUCACGUGUUAGAGGAGAGCUUGGCUUGAAAGCUUAUAUUACAGAUGAUCCAUCUAUAAAGUCCUCCAUCCCCUCACCUGCUGUUGAAUCUUUGCCCAAUAGUGAACCUCAUGUGACUCAUAUGCAUUCCCAAGCAGCUCAAACCCCGGCCGUGAAAGUCGAAUCGAGACACACCUUCCAUCAUCUUCCCAAUCCAAAUCUACACCAACAUGAUCAUCAUCAUAACCAUUCUUCUGAUCCUGCCGCUCACCAUCAUCAUGUACCCAAGUAUAUUGCUGAUGAGAUGAAACCAGAACCACCUCCUCCAAAGCUGGUCCGAAUGUACUCUGCAGCAUCUGCACAGCCUGUUGAUUUUGCACUAAAAGAAACCAGUCCCUUUCUUGGUGGGGGAAGAGUUGUGGGAGGACGUGUUAUCCAUGGGGACAAGACUGCGAGUACUUAUGAUCUUGUUGAGCGUAUGCAUUUUCUCUAUGUGAGGGUUGUUAAGGCUCGUGAACUUCCUGCGAUGGACAUUACAGGGAGUCUUGAUCCGUUCGUGGAGGUAAGGGUUGGGAACUACAAAGGCAUAACAAAGCACUUUGAGAAAAAGCAAAAUCCUGAGUGGAACCAGGUGUUCGCCUUUUCAAGGGAUCGAAUGCAAGCUUCUGUUCUAGACGUUGUGAUUAAGGACAAGGAUCUGAUGAAAGAUGACUUUGUUGGAAUUGUAAGGUUCGACAUCAGUGAAGUUCCAUUACGUGUUCCGCCAGAUAGUCCUCUGGCUCCACAGUGGUACCGGCUUGAAGAUAAGAAAGGAGAGAAGAUAAAGGGUGAGCUUAUGCUUGCUGUCUGGAUUGGAACUCAAGCAGAUGAGGCUUUUUCUGAUGCCUGGCACUCUGAUGCAGCUACACCGGUUGAUAGCACACCUGCUACAUUCACAGUGCUACGAUCAAAAGUCUACCAUUCACCACGGUUGUGGUACGUGCGUGUUAAUAUUGUCGAGGCACAAGACCUGGUUCCAUUGGAGAAAAACCGUUUUCCUGAUGUGUAUGUUAAGGCACAAAUAGGCCACCAGGUGCUGAAGACAAAGCCGUGUCAGGCUCGUACUCUGAAUGCAAUCUGGAAUGAAGAUCUUCUGUUUGUUGCCGCUGAACCCUUCGAAGAUCAUCUGGUUCUUUCAGUUGAGGAUCGUGUGGCUCCUGGAAAAGACGAGAUCAUUGGGAGAGCCAUCAUACCAUUGAACUCCAUAGAAAAGCGUGCUGAUGAUCGAAUGAUUCAUUCCCGCUGGUUCAACCUUGAAAAGCCAGUUGCUGUGGAUGUAGACCAGUUGAAGAAAGAGAAGUUUUCUAGCCGUAUCCAUCUUCGUGUUUGUUUAGAUGGAGGAUAUCAUGUGCUGGAUGAGUCUACUCAUUACAGUAGUGAUCUCCGACCAACAGCAAAGCAAAUCUGGAGGCCACCAAUUGGCGUGUUGGAACUUGGCAUCUUAAAUGCUGUAGGUCUUCAUCCUAUGAAAACACGAGAAGGAAGAGGAACAUCAGAUACCUACUGUGUAGCGAAGUAUGGUCACAAAUGGGUCCGCACACGCACACUUGUUGAUAAUGUGUCUCCAAAAUACAAUGAACAGUACACUUGGGAAGUAUUUGAUCCAGCUACCGUGCUCACCGUUGGUGUAUUUGACAGCAGCCAGCUUGGAGAAAAGGGUUCAAAUGGAAACAAGGACCUGAAGAUCGGGAAAGUUAGGAUUCGUAUUUCCACAUUGGAAGCAGGUCGUGUGUACACGCAUUCUUAUCCUUUGUUGGUUCUUCAUCCUACUGGAGUUAAGAAGAUGGGGGAAUUGCAUUUAGCAAUACGGUUUACAUGUACGUCUUUUAUAAACCUGCUUUACCAGUAUUCUAAACCACUACUACCCAAAAUGCACUAUGUAAGGCCCUUUAGUGUGAUGCAGCUUGACAUGCUACGCCACCAAGCUGUCAGUAUAGUGGCAGCACGGUUAGGUCGAGCAGAGCCUCCACUUCGGAAGGAGGUAAUUGAGUAUAUGUCCGAUGUGGACUCACACCUUUGGAGUAUGCGUAAAAGCAAAGCAAAUUUCUUCCGACUAAUGACAGUUUUCUCGGGAUUGUUUGCUGUUGGGAAGUGGUUUGGAGAUAUCUGCAUGUGGAAGAAUCCUAUCACAACAGUUUUGGUUCACGUGCUCUUUCUAAUGCUUGUUUGCCUCCCCGAACUGAUAUUGCCUACAGUUUUCCUUUACAUGUUUAUGAUAGGGGUGUGGAACUACCGGUAUCGACCAAGGUAUCCUCCUCACAUGAACACAAAGAUUUGCCAAGCUGAAGCAGUGCACCCCGAUGAGCUUGACGAGGAAUUCGAUACUUUUCCAACAAGCAAGAGUCCAGAGCUUGUCAAAAUGAGGUAUGAUCGGUUGAGGAGUGUGGCCGGUAGAAUUCAGACUGUGAUUGGUGAUAUUGCAACACAGGGCGAGCGGUUUCAAGCACUGCUAAGCUGGCGAGACCCUCGUGCUACUGCCAUCUUUAUUACAUUCUGCCUCGUAGCUGCCAUCGUGUUGUUCGUGACACCAUUUCAGGUGAUAGCAGCCUUGGCAGGGUUCUUUGCGAUGAGACACCCCAGAUUUCGCUAUCGAUUGCCACCAGUGCCUAUUAACUUCUUCCGCCGGCUGCCUUCCAGGACAGAUAGCAUGUUGUAAGGGAUGGUUUAAAGACAAUCAAAACCUCCUAGUGUUUCUCCAAGUCGUUAUGUUUUUCCUGGUGCAUCAUGGUUAUUAUCUGCCAAGUGUUCUGCCGAUAU